AUGUCUUUUAAAAAUUUGAAAGUGGAGCGUAUAGAAGAUCAAUUGGCAAUUACUUUAUCGAAAUUGUAUCCAACUGACAAAUUCGAUUUAGUAAAGAUCGGUGAGAAGAAGUGGUUUUUGUCUGAUAAAUACGUUGAGAACGGUGACAAAAUUUAUAGUUUCGAAAUUCGUCCAGAUGAUACAUGGAUCAUUACUUAUCCUCGAUCAGGUACAACUUUGACGCAGGAACUCGUAUGGUUGGUGGCGAACGACAUGAAUUUUGACGAAGCGCAACGAAGGACUUUAAUAGACAGAUUUCCCUAUAUAGACAUAGAAACAAUGAUGGAUAGUCAUACAAUUUCGACCAUCAUUUCUAAUAAUGAAAAAAAAAAUUUAUAUAAAUAUACUGUCGAAUUUGUGCAAAAUCAAUUAUCGCCGCGUUUUAUUAAAAGUCACAUGCCUCUCGAUCUAUUGCCGACAGUCAUAAACAGCGAUUGCAAGAUCAUCUAUGUCGCUCGAAAUCCAAAAGAUGUAGUAAUCUCAUGGUAUAAUUUUCAAAAAGAUUGCAAAAUUUUCCAGUACCAAGGAACUUUCGAACAAUUCUGUAAUAAUUUCAUAAACGAUCACGUGAAUUAUAGUCCAUAUUGGGAACAUGUAAAGGAAGCUUGGGCAAUGAGGCACAAAGCAAACUUAUUGUUCCUCUUCUAUGAAGAUUUGAUAAAAGAUUUACCUGGAACCAUCAAGAGGGUCACCGUAUUUUUCAAUAAGUCUUAUAGCGAUGAGCAAAUCGCUAAGUUAGUAGAGCAUUUGAAGAUAGAGAACUUCCGGAAAAAUUCCAUGGUAAAUCAGCCGAGUCCUAGAUCGACGAUGGAACCCAAAGAAUUUAUUCGAAAAGGAAAAGUAAAUAAUUGGAAAGAACUAUUCACGCCAGAAAUAGAGGAAAAAUUUAAUAAGUGGAUCGCUGAUAAUUUAAAAGAUACUGAUCUAAUAUUUCCAAACUAA